UCAGGAGGAUCAUAUCAAUGAACAGCUAGUCCUCUGAAAGAAUCUAUUGUGUAAUAUCUUGUUGACUCUUGGAUCUGUCAAAGGAGCUAGAUGGGUUCCAGAUUCCCAUCUCAUCAACUCAGCAAUGGCCUUUAUGUAUCAGGCCGGCCAGAGCAACCAAAGGAAAGGACUCCAACUAUGAGCUCAGUUGCGACGCCCUAUACUGGUGGAGAUAUCAAGAAGUCAGGAGAACUAGGAAAGAUGUUUGAUAUCCCUACAGAUGGCUCCAAGUCCAGAAAAUCUGGACCUAUAACUGGUGCUUCUUCUAGGACUGGAUCAUUUGGAGGUGCCGCUUCACAUUCAGGACCAAUCCCUAAUGCUUCAGCUCGUGCCGGCUAUACUACAUCAGGACCCAUAUUAUCUGGAGGAACUGGUUCAGCAAAGAAGUCAAAUUCUGGACCACUGAAUAAGCAUGGGGAACCCAUAAAGAAGUCAUCUGGUCCUCAAUCUGGUGGGGUAACACCAACUGGCCGCCAAAACUCUGGGCCUCUUCCCCCUGUUCUCCCUACCACAGGUCUCAUUACUUCUGGACCCAUUUCUUCCGGCCCACUAAAUGCUUCUGGUGCCCCUCGAAAAGUUUCUGGUCCUUUGGAGUCAAUGGGAUCAAUGAAAGUACAAGGAUCAUCUAUUGUUCACAAUCAGGCCAUUACUACUCUUAGCCAAGAUGAUGAGUUUUCAUUUAGGAAAAACUUCCCUAAGCUAAUAUUAUGGUCUCUGAUUCUUCUCUUCGUGAUGGGGUUCAUAGCUGGUGGUUUUAUUUUCGGUGCAGUCCACAAUCCAAUACUCCUCAUCGUGGUUGUGAUCCUUUUCAGUGCAGUUGCUACACUAUUCACAUGGAAUACUUAUUGGGGAAGAAGAGCUAUUAUAGGUUAUAUCGGUAGUUAUUCGGAUUCUGAGCUCAGAACUGCCAAGAAUGGACAAUUUGUGAAGGUGUCAGGGGUGGUUACUUGUGGUAAUGUGCCUCUUGAGUCAUCCUUUCAAAAGGUUCCUAGAUGUGUGUAUACCUCCACAAGUUUAUAUGAGUAUCGAGGAUGGGAUUCAAAAGCUGCCAACACUACACAUCGUCGUUUUUCUUGGGGGCUCAGAUCCAUGGAAAGACGUGUGGUAGACUUCUACAUCUCUGAUUUCCAAUCUGGGUUGAGAGCUUUGGUUAAGACAGGCUCUGGAGCAAGGGUGACUCCGUAUGUUGAUGAUUCAAUUGUCAUUGAUGUGAAUCCCAUUAAGGAAGAGUUGUCUCCAGAGUUUAUUAGGUGGUUGGGAGAGAGAAACCUUUCAAGUGACGAUCGUGUGAUGCGGUUGAAAGAAGGGUACAUUAAAGAAGGAAGCACAGUUAGUGUAAUGGGCGUCGUCCAGAGAAAUGAAAAUGUGUUGAUGAUUGUUCCUCCACCUGAGCCGAUUACUACUGGAUGCCAAUGGGCCAAAUGUAUCUUCCCAGCUAGCCUUGAGGGCAUUGUUUUGAGAUGCGAUGAUGCAUCAAAGAACGAUGCCAUACCAGUUUAGCAGUAAAGUAAAUUGCUAAUGUUUUUAGGUAUUGCUCUUUGGAGAGUAUAUUUUUUCCCCUCUAUUUAUUAUUGAUGUUGGUGGGAGUGAAAAAGUUAGUGUGAAGCAGGUUAGGAUGUGAGUGGGGGGUGUGUAGUACUUUAACUUUGUGUAUAGUUGUCCAGGGUUCCUUUUCGAUUUCUACCUUUAGGUUUGAAGGCUUUUGUAAUAGGGUGGCUUUAUGAAGCAGAGAAUUUACAUGUUUAAUUAGAUCUAAUGUUCAUGUUAAAUAGAAAGGC